AUGUCAAGCACAAAUGCAGAGGAUGCCCAGAAGCAGGAACAUGAUCAUGAGCGUGCAUUCUUUGAUUCUGCUAAUUGGGCUCUUGGAAAGCAAGGAAAAGCAAAGCCUAAAGGACCACUCGAGGCACUCCGACCAAAAUUACAGCCCACACCACACCAGCAAGCGCGAUCCAGACGAUCAGCUUAUGCUCCAGCAGGCGAGGGUGAAGAUUACACUAGCCAUGUGGAUAUGUGUGGGCACUGUAAGAAGCUUGCACCAGAGUAUGAGAAGCUUGGUGGAAACUUUAAUAAGGCUAAGUCUGUUCUUAUUGGAAAGAGUGGAGGUUUUGAAAUAAGUACUACUUACUGGAAGCAUCAAACAAUUGUGCUACUAAGACAAGCUAACAAAAUGUCAAGCACAAAUGCAGAGGAUGCCCAGAAGCAGGAACAUGUAGAGGAUACAAGCAAAGACCAAGUUAACGAAGACUCGCCUGAAAAUAACCCAAUGCAUGAACACGGAAUAGAAGAACAUCCCAUGCCAUCACCUCAGCAAGAGGAAGAAUUACUCAAGAAGAAAUAUGGAGGAAUUUUAUCCAAGAAAACUCCUUUGAUAUCCAAGGAUCAUGAGCGUGCAUUCUUUGAUUCUGCUAAUUGGGCUCUUGGAAAGCAAGGAAAAGCAAAGCCUAAAGGACCACUCGGCACUCCGACCAAAAUUACAGAUUACACUAGCCAUGUGGAUAUGUGUGGGCACUGUAAGAAGCUUGCACCAGAGUAUGAGAAGCUUGGUGGAAACUUUAAUAAGGCUAAGUCUGUUCUUAUUGGAAAGGUUAAAUAA